AUUUGAAUGUCGGAUACCGGGGAUCCGAUGUCUUUAACACACCCAGCAGUAUGCACUGCAGUGUGUACAUCCAGAGAAAUGGACACCAGCUCAGUGACAAUAGGUGAAACAUAAGAAGCAGUUUUGCCUCAUGACAUCAAAAUCAAAGACCCACUUGGCUCCUCUGCCUGCGAUAGAGCUCCUGGUGUAUUGGAUAUUGUCCUUUUUUUCCCAUUUGUAUUCUUUCUACCAGCUUCACAGGUUCUCCAAAGAGCACGAAGCAGGAUUAGAAAGAGAUUUCCAGCUGGAAAAAGGACUCCUUGAAGGAUUUAAAAGGGACUCAUCAGAUUUUGAGUGGAGCUUCUGGACUGAGUGGGCCAAGACGUCUUUACUCUGGACUCUGAUUGGUCAUAGCGUGGUAUCGAGGUUGGCCAGCAUCUUUUACCCCAAGCUCAGGGUACCAGCUGUCACAAUAUACGGCCUUUUAGCAGCCUGCAGUGCAUUAGGGACUAAAGGUGUGAGCGUGCUGCUUGUGCAUCUUGCCCUGUCCUUUUUGGUCGCACGGCUGCGGAUACCUGCCCUGUCAUGGGCGUGCAACCUGCUGCUGCUCUCCACUCUGCACAUCCAGACAAUUCAAGAGAUCCAGAGAGGCUGGUAUAAAACAGAAGAGGAAUACUAUCUGCUGCUCUUCAGUGUUGCUGUCUGUGGUCUGCGCUUCAUCAGCUUCAGCCUGGAGCAGUGCUGGAGCCCUGCGGAUCCUGGAGCAGUUGUGCAGCUCUCUUGGUUGUUGUCAUAUACCUUCUAUCAUCCUUUCUUUUACAAUGGACCCAUUGUCACAUAUAAAGACUACACAGAGCAGAUGCAGAGGCCCGCUGAGCAGAUGGACAGAGAAGCGUCGGCCCUCAGUUACCUGGUGCUCCGCCUGGGACGGAUCCUUCUGUGGUGGUGCAUUGCAGAAUACAUGAUCCAUGUUAUGUACAUGCACUCCAUCCAGUCUAAUGAGACCUACAUUGAGAUAUUGCCCCCUUGGGCCUUAGGCGGUCUGGCCCUGGCUCUUGUGCAGUUCUUCUUUGUUAAGUAUCUGGUACUUUUUGGCCUUCCGUGCAUGCUUGCCACUCUGGAUAACCUGGUUCCCCCGAAGCUCCCUCGCUGUGUCAGCAUCAUGUACAGCUUCACAGGGAUGUGGAGGCAUUUUGAUGAGGGACUGUAUCGAUGGCUCAUCAGAUAUAUCUAUGUGCCUCUGGGAGGGUCGCACCACGGCACUCUUUUAAAGAUGAUGUCCACGGGCGUGGCGUUCGGAUUUGUCUGCCUCUGGCACGGCGGCCACGACUACCUGCAGUACUGGGCCCUGAUGAACUGGGCUGGCGUCCUGCUGGAAAACGGAUUAAAGUCCCUCUUUGAAUCGGCCUUCAUUAGCUCCAUAGUUGAGCGGACUCUCUCCGCGGUGAUGAAGCGGCGCUGCGUCGCCCUCCUUUCUGCCUUCUCCACCGCCAUGCUCAUCCUCUCUAAUCUGGUCUUCCUCGGAGGGAUGCAUGUAGGCAGAAUCUUCUGGAAGCGGGUCUUCGUUCAAGGCUGGUCGACCAUGGCUCCACCAAUGCUGGCGUUCCUCUAUUGCUUUGCUCAGGUCGGACUGGAGCGCUCUUCCCUCCCGCCAUGAGUCACCUUGACCCGGCGUCGAAGUGAGAAUCCCCGCCACCGGACCGUAGGAGCAGCCUGCCGACUCCAGCGCCUUCUCCUCGCCAGCCAGAGUCUCUGUGGCGAAGCUGGCUCGCCGCCACCGAACCUGUCCAGAGCUGGCCGAGGUGCAGCUGAGCAGCCACUUUCUGCAAC